GAUUUGCUCCAUAACCAAAGCCAAACUUCUGGCGGAGGCACAGAAACGAUGGACAGAUAUCAACUCAACGAAAUGGCUGAUAAAGGACACGAAGCACUAUUACAUGAAAAUGAAGAAGCGUCCAAAUUUAUCCGCAUAUACCGGAAAGAAGUGGUUGCAAUACCGGAAGAAAUUAAAGACGAUUGGGCCAACGUUUUAUCAGUAGUUAGUAAAACAUGGGAGACACUCUACAAUAAGAUAAUGGUAGACAUUCGCGACAAGAACAUGGAAGGUGGAGACAGAGUGAGAAAUGCUCUGGCUUCAAUAUGCAAACAUCUGAAGACGCAAAGUUUAGAAGAACUUGUAAUAGAAGAUGAUUUUUUGCGACAAUUUGUUGGUAAAGUAAAAGAUGUAAUAAACAUGGGGAGUAUAUUAGCGGAAAAACAGUUGAAUAUUAUUUCUAUUAUCUGUUUUUAUGUUGCUUCCAAACUCCAUCAUAUCAGUGCAAAACGCGAUUUCUCUGUUCUGGGAAUAAAGGAGACUGUAGAAAAAAACACAUCAAUUAUUUAAGAAAAUCACCAAAGAGGACAACAUGAUGAAAAAAGUCAUUCACUGUUGUGUAUGAUUUAUUUAUUAUUAUUAGUAUUAUUUCCUUGUUGUUGACAGCUUCCGCUUUGAUUUUGCUAACGUGUGCUAUGCGAAAGUUGCAGUAUUUACAAAUAUUACGGUAACGUUAUUCACGUUUACGGCUGAUCCAGCUUGAUCAAUUUCAAUCCAUAAGUCACAUUCAGUUGAAUUUAUUUAAACUAAGAUCAUCGCGUAGAUAAUAUGAAAUUUGAUACAUUGUAAUAUGAAUAAUAAUAGAAUGACCCCUCCUGUUUUAGUGCAGGGUUUUUGCGUAUAAAGCAGUGUUUCUUAACUUGGGUUCGAUCGAACCCCUGGGGUUCGGUGAAGCUAUUCCAUGGGUUCGACGAAGGUCCUCUGAAACAGUUGUAUAUUAUGGGACUUUUCCAUUACCCAGCGUACUAAUUAUCCAAAAUGAUCUGUAGUUUAUAGCAGAUAUACAAGUUUACACGUUUAAGCAACUCGUAAAAUAGCCGCGUGUAGCUUCGCGUAGAUAGUAGAUACACGUUUUAUUGGAUCUGUCAAUGACUGUUACACAUGUUUUUUUCAAUAC